GGGAUGUUGGCGUUUGAAGAUGCAGCCUUGACUGUUGGAGCGGGCUUGGGCUGUGCGAGAAACGAGGCGUCUAGCAUGUCGCAAAGGUGCAUCGAGCCCCCCACUACUAAGCUUAGAGCACGAUGUCACUUUUCUUCACCAAAACACUACGACUGGGACCAUGUACCACAGCAGCAUCGAAUCGAUCGAGGCCGCGGAAGAUCCGCAAAAAGGCGGUGGGAACAUCUUUGGAAUCUCAGCUCACAUCAUUCGCGGCAUGCUCAGAUGCUUUGCAUGCAAUCAUCCGCAGCUGCUGGAUUCCCAUUUGUUGCUCGUGCGGUUGCAGCGCCCAUUCGCCCCCGCAUUCCAGCGAAUUGAGGCCCGGAGGUCCCUGAAAAACUCUGAUGAUCUGCACCGCCUUCAACGUUUUCGGGCUUCUAUCUUCGCCCCACUACCAAGAGAGAGGCUAUUCGGCAAUGUUGCAGGUGAGGGGGGUGAGGGGCAAGAGAGUGGGAGCCAGUUGGGAGAAAAUGUAUCAUUCUCGUAUUGUGGAACUCGGGUUGAGCUUCAAACGCGCCUCCCAAUGAUAACCAAGACCGCUGUUGCCGCCCGGGAUGCUAAGCAGCAAGAGAACUCUUCUCUGGCUGCCUUGGUCUGGCCAAACUCCACGAGCAUCCCCCCUCUCUGCCAUGAGAAGGCCAUCUCCAUGUCAAAGCGACUCUCUGGAGAUUCCGUCGGUUCUCAGGGCCGCCCCGAAGCUUCCGUAUGCCUCCAUAAUCGUAGCGGAUGCUAAAGGAAACCUUGUCUCCCAAUUCCCAUCCCAUUUGUACAAUACACGCCUCCCAAUAUACACACAACCCUCCACCCUUCAGGUCCCUACCACCCAUCCUCGCCAGGCGUAUAAUCCACAAGAUACUCCUGGAUAUCCUUAUCCUCAUCAUCCUCCUGCAACUGCCUCCUCACCUCCUCCUCAUCCGCCAAAAUCUUCUUAACCACAGCCCUCUGCCUCUUCCUCGCUUUCUUCCCCCACUUAACAUCUGCCGCCGUGCCCUCCCCCUCCUCCUCACUAUCGCUCACCUCCAACUCGACCACUUUGCCUCCUGCUCCUCUCAACUGAUUCGGACUAAUUUUCCCCUUCCCAUCCUUACCAUCCGCAGUAGCCAUCUCGUAUGGAUCGA